AUGGCAAUCCAAUUUCCGCACGAGAAGCCGUUUUUCGAGCCGUUUUCCGUCGAAGACCUCCAAUCCCUUCAUUUUCCGCCGUCGCCGCCAACAUUCGAGUACCGCCGAGAGAAUCAUGUAAAGAUGACCGAACGCGAAAGGCUUCGUCUUUUACGGACCAUCGACGAGGAAGCCCAAUUUUCGCGGCUCCCCGAGCCGCUCGAUCAAUUCUACGGCCAACAAUCAGCCGAUUUCCCGGACGGUUUAUUCAAUGAUGAGUUUUCCGAUGUUGAAGAUGAGUUUUAUAUUGGAAUCUCGCCGAGCUUAAAGGCCAAAAAACGGAAUUAUAAAAUUCCGAAAAAGGCUGGCAAAAUGGUCGUAAUGCCGUCGCAGCGGCGAUCAUCGCGAAAAACGGCGGCCAAAGCGAAGCGAAUCUUGAAAAAUAUGGCGAAAAAUCAUCAAUUUUAA